GACAUCAAACAUGGCGACUAAAUCAGUUCUUUGGACUGUGUCGAUAUCUCUUGGACUUUUAUUCGCUGCAAAUGGAGAUAAGGUCGCGCAGAAAAUUUACCAACAAUUAUCAGGGGUGAAUCCCUGUGUGCUUCUGACAAAUGCUACACAUCAAAUUGGAUGCACUUCCAGCAUGAGUGGUCAUGUUGGAGUCCUUCACUAUAUUAAAAGUGAAGCUGAUGUUGAUUGGAUAAUAAAGAAUGGAAGCCAUGCACCAUAUGUUCCAUUGUUCAGAUCUGAUCUGUUCACACUUGAAAUUGUUGAUCGUCUCAUACAAAAGGAAAAAAUAAACGGUGCUCUUGUCAUAGCUGUUCCAUCAGGAAAAUACAGAUAUACUCCCAAAGCAGGUAUUUAUUCUCCUGACUAUGAAUGUCCUAAAGAUAAUUUUGGAAUCUACAGUGGAGACGAAAAAUAUGAAAACUGUAAAGAAGUGAAAUGGAACCCAAAAGGAACUGGAAUGUCUUUCAAGUAUUUUGAUAUUCCCAUGUUUGCUUUGAAUGACGAGGCAGAAGUGGAUGAUCUUCUCGAGUGUUAUAAGACGCACAAUAGUCAAGAACACCCUGAUUACCCACUGUGUGCUGUGCAGUUAAAGGAUUUCAUGUUUGCAGCCAAAGACACUCCAACCUGUGUGAGGAAAAGCAAUAUACCAAACCCUAUUGAGGCCAACUUUUGUAUGCCUCUUGGAGACAAGAAUGUUUGGGGUACUCUUUAUCCAAUAAAGAAGAAAAAAAAGGUGGUAAUGCUGGCCACUAAGUUGGAUUCCAAUUCAUUCUUUCAUGAUCUGGUCCCUGGAGUAGAUAACGAUGGUUCCGGAAUAGUGGUAGCUUUGGCUGUGGCCAAGGCGCUCGGAGCACUGAAAAGAAAUGGUUCAUUACCAGAAACCAAGAACCACAUAAUGUUUACAUUUUUCCAAGGGGAAGCAUGGGAUUAUAUUGGCUCUUCAAGAAUGGUGUAUGACAUGGAUAAAGAUGAAUUCCCUUCAGAUCCUUGGAAGGUUGAUGGCAAAGACCUUACUUUAAAAACUGGGGAUAUCAAAUAUUUCCUGGAGCUAAAUCAAGUAGGACUCUCAAGGAACAAGUUGUGGGCACAUUCUGAUCCAGUUUCCACUAAAGAUUCAGAAACCGAGGGAAAGGUUAAUAAUAUUGUGAAAGCUCUUGAAAACGCAGGAAAAAAAUAUAACCUGGACAUCCAGGAACCCGCAGACAAACCACUGCCUCCAUCAUCUUUCCAGAUGUUCUUGAAAAAAAACCGCUCAAUACCUGGAAUUGUGUUGACAGACCACAAGGAGGAAUAUUCCAACAAAUUCUACAACAGCCAUUUUGACGAUCUUUACCAAGUUGGAGGAAAUGUAUCGAUGGAUAAUGAUACAGUUUAUGUCAUCACAGAAUUCACAAAGAAACUUUCCAACAUCUCAUCAACUGUAGCCACAGCUCUGUACACUCUUGCCAAUGAUGGAACUGCACCAGACUUUGACAUCAAGGCUGAUGAAGCCCUGGUUGGUCAUCUUAUUUUCUGUCUUUUCAACCGUUCCGACUGUCCCCUUUACAGACAGGCUUCUGACAGCAACAAAACUUGGACAAGCUUUAAAAAAAAAGAAGGAGGAGGAAGGAGAAGUGUUUGUUUUACAACGAUUUGUUUUGUAUUUCUUUUAGCCCCGGUCAGUUUAAAACCGUUUCCUCGUUAUGUGAGUGUGAACAGCACAAGGAACGCUCUGACAAGAACUGUGAAGUAUCUCCUCUUGUACUUCACUGGUUAUCAUUUUCCUCCGGGCAAAUAUGAAGAAUGCAAGGCAUCUGACGGCGUCGAAAAAAUCAAAGUCCUUGGCCAAAAACUGCAAGGUCUUUGUGUGACUGGUUCGGUGUUCGAGUCACCAGCUGUAUCUCCUGCAUUUGUUGAAGAAAACUACGAUUCUACUGAAUAUUCUACAUGGGCUGAGAGCACAUGGAACGACGAUCUUACAGUUCAAUUAUUCCUUGUCGCAAGCCCCAAAUUAGAGGGCGUAACGCUGGGUGCUGGACUCACAAUUACCUUCCUUUCUUUCCUACUUGUAUACUUUAUUAACAAGAAGGCUGAUGUGAUCUUCACUUCCACUGAUCCUCUAAGUUCUGAACUCGACAAUUAAAGCUUUUUUACAAGUCCAGCAAUACAAGUUUAGAAAUCCUCCCUAUGACAGCGUAAUAAAUUCAAGUGACAGGUGGCGUGAAGUAAAGAUCUGACAGGGUCUCGGCUAAAAAGGCAAAUUCUCCCAUGGAGGUUAUAAAGAGUACGUUAAAACAGCAUGGCGAAUUUAAGUCGAUCAUGAGUUUGACAGAGUUCAGCAAAUAAGUUCUCACGAUACUAAACAACGGACCUGAUUAGUGAAGAAUGUCACGAAAGCAAUUAAUAGGACACAAGGCUGCCCUCUCUUAAGGAGUCGGAGGACACGAGUCGUCUAAUCCUUGCAGCUGUAGUCUCCGAUGACGAGCGAAUCACCUCCGAGGAUAUUCCAAACCCGCGAUGAUGUGUCGACGAAAGCGGCUAUCGGGCAACCUAGAUCUUGUUAACGAGGAUAGAAACUUCAUUUUGUCAAACUGAGAAUUGUGUUGAUUAUAAGAGACGAUUUACUCUAGCCUUUUCUCUUUUUUUUGUUUUUUUAUUUCCUUGGAGUAGAUAGAAAAUUAUUUGUUGUUAGGAAAAGAUUAAUCGUCAGAAAUCAACAUCUCGAAUGUAUUUUAAAAAUGGUCGAAAUUCUUAAGAAGGCUUAUGUCUGAAAUAAGACACACUCAUGACAUCUAUU